GCUUUCUCUCUUUGUCGCCUUCCCUUCAAAUGAACCGUCUGGCCCGUCGCAUUGCCUCCUGUUCAAGAGCCACCUCACAACCCUUGCUAACCAUUACGACAAGAUCCUCAAGUCGUAUUGCAAGGCUCACCAGAAACCCGUACGUGCCCGGACGAAAGAUCACGCAAAUGUCUGUCGAUACCUGGACCCCAAAGCCACUGGAUUACAAUGCAGGUCCUAUGGUCUGGAUUGACUGUGAGAUGACGGGCUUGAAUCCUCCCAAGGAUAAGAUACUGGAGAUAGCAGUCAUCAUCACGAAUGGGCAACUGCAGCCAGUUGACGAGGGGAUCAGGUACGCUGUUAGGACGGACAAGAAGGUGCUUGAUGGUAUGGACGAAUGGUGCACCAACCAACACGGCAAGUCUGGGCUGACGGCGGAGUGUCUUACCGCCCCACAUACACUGAGCGAAGUCGAAAAAAUGGUACUGGCGUACAUCAAGAAAUGGGUCCCGCAACAGCGGACGGCUUUGCUCGCUGGAAACUCGGUACACGCGGACCGGUCGUUCAUGGUACACGAGAUGCCAAAGGUCAUCGAUUGGCUGCAUUAUCGCAUUGUUGAUGUCUCCUCUGUGAAGGAACUUGCUCGUCGAUGGUAUCCCGAUAAUCCUGUGCCAAAAGAACUUUUCGGCGGAAAUCAUAGAGCUCUGGAUGACAUUCAAGGAUCUAUCAUAGAACUACAGUGGUAUCGAGACAAUAUUUUCAAGCCAGCUAAAUGAUGCUAGUAGUCUCUGUCGUUGUAUCUGGCCCUGGCGAGCAUAGGGGCUUUGACAAUUUAUUGACUUAUUCCUCGUCAUUUCAUUAUAAUAAC